AUGCUACAUCUAUUUAUACUUAUAUUAAUAUUGAACAAUGCAAUCGCGAGUGCCGACUGGGAUUAUGGUAAGCAUGGGCCUGACGUUUGGAAAAAAAACUAUGUAGCGUGUGGUGGGAAAAACCAAUCGCCAAUUAAUAUUCGAACAAAAUGUACAGUCUCCCAAACUUUUAGCCGAUUCGAGUUAACAUCUAUUUAUUACGAACCAGUCAAGUUCAAACUCACAAAUAAUGGACAUACAAUAACAGCAGUACCGAAUAGUCCAACACCAAUAUCAUUAACGGGUGGAAAUUUGAAGGGAAGAUAUAUUUUUGAUAGUUUUCAUCUUCAUUGGGGACCGAAUGACAAUAGUGGAAGUGAACAUCAGGUGAAUGGUGAUAAAUCUGCUGGUGAAAGUCAUUUUGUGUAUCAUCACGCUGAAACAGGUCAGCUUGCUGUCUUGGGCUUUUUAAUGGAAACCGAAGAUAGCACAAGGCAUCAAGUGUAUCCGAGAAAUAGAUCAAAAGCUGUUGCAAUGGAGCAACAUUGGCAAACUUAUUUUGAUACUGCACGUCAUCUAAUGGAGGAAAAUAGUUCUGCCACAGUUGAUUUAACUUUGAAUUUACUUAUGGGAAGCAAUUUAACUGAAUUUUGGCGAUAUGAAGGAUCGUUGACUACACCAUCAUGCAAAGAAAAUGUUACUUGGACCGUAUUCCGACAACCGAUUUUGAUUUUCGGCUAUGAUUUUGAAGCUUUUCGUGAUGAUUUAUUUUUUGAAAGUUAUCGUGGUCCACAGCCACUGUAUCAUCGACAAGUCUAUCGAAGUUUUCUCAACGAAAAGCUGUCACCAAUACCCGACGAAAACGUUUUUAUGGAUAGUGAGAUAAUAAUUGAAGAUGAUAAUGAUGAUAAUGAUAAUAAUCAUGAAGAAUCGAUACCAACAACACCAGUUUUAAAAUCGAAUGAAAAUAAAAAUGUCAAAGCCGCCUCAAAUACUUGUGAAAAGAAGAAAAAAAAGGGCGUGUUUAAUCUACAGUGGCUACUUGAUUCUCAACUCGGAUCAUUUUUACGAGAGUACAAACCGGAUUCAACUAAAGCUCUCUGCAUUGCCUGCAAUGAAAAAUUUUCAAUCCAUUAUGGUGGAAAGAAUGAUAUUGAUCGGCAUAUAAAGUUGAAAAGACACAUCCAUAACAUGAAAUCAUUUAGUAUAAAUCGACAAUUGAUAACGUCAACAAUGAAGCCAAAUAAAGAGAGUGAAGAAGUAGCAGCUGCAGAAGGUACUUUUGUAUACCAUGGAGUGAAACAUGGUCAUUCUUAUUCAUCUCAACAAUGCACCACAAAUGUCAUCAAAACAAUUUUUUCAUCUUGUUCUGCAAUUGGAAAAUCGAUGUCAUGUGGACGAACAAAAUGCUCAUCCAUUGCACUUAAUGUUUUAGCUCCAUAUUUCACUCAACAAAUUUUAAUUGAAGUGAAAGAAGCAUGUUUUUUUUCGAUCAUGUUCGAUGCAUCGAACAAAGGAAAUACAAAGCUUUUUCCAGUUUGUGUGCAAUAUUUUUCAAAGUUUGGGGUGAAAAAAGGUAUAAUUGAUUUGAUCGACGAUGCUGAUGAAUCAGCCACGAAUACCUUUGAAAAUCUUGAGGCUGCAAUUAAAAAAUCUGGUUUGUCCUUGGAAGGUCUUACAUCGAUUGGAGCUGAUAAUACAAAUGUUAACAUGGACAAUACUCAUAGUGUCUAUACAUUAUUUCAUGAUCAAGUUGAAAAUCUAUUUAAAGAAGCUAUUGGACACUUCGGUUAUGGCAUUGAAAAUCUUACUUGGAAUCAGGUUCAAAAAUGUAUCGAAAUUACGAAAAUCAAAGGUUUGAACGAAGAUGACUUGUUCAACGAGUUCACUGAAUUAAAAUUGGCUUUCGAAAUGAUUCAGAAAAAAGAAGUACCAUUACUAGAUCAGAUUCAAAUUUUUCUUUCCAAUGAAGGACAAGAAGAAAUUCGUAACUCAUCAACAACGUCAAUUCAUCAAAGUGAAUCUGACGAAGAAGAUGAGGAAGAACAAACAAAAGUAAUUCGGUCAGAUCAACUUUGGGCAAUGCUACUUGCUGUUAAUGCUACACCGACACCAAAUAUGAAGAAAUUGAUCUGUUUUUUGUACUCGAUUCCAGCUAGUAAUGCUUAUGUCGAAAGUAUUUUUUCUGACAUGAAGCAUUUACUUAGUGAUUCUCGUAAUCGAAUGUCAGUCGAUCUAGUAUCUGCUGAGUUACAAAUUCGUCGAAAUUCCUCAUUGUCAUUUCAGCUUUCCGCUUUUUGGACUUCGUCAGGUGGCAACCCUGUUAAUGAUAAUAUUAAAAAUGGAAUUUUUAUUGAUGCUGUAUCAAUUCGUACAUUAUUACCACUAGGUUAUGAAGAUAUUAGUACAUAUCCAAUUGAUCAAUCAAAUAAUUCAUCAUGCAGUUUUCCAUUUUAUUAUAAUGGAAGUAGUUAUACAGCAUGUACAUUAGAUAAUAAUAAUAUACCAAUAUGUGCUGAUAGUACUAAUCAAACAUAUCAAUGUCAAAGUUCAUCGAUUGAAGGUGUACGAAGACUGUAUCCUAAACAUCAAUUAAUAUAUAAUUCAUCACAAGUAACAUAUUCAUCAGUUAAUUCACAGCUUACAAUUAAUUUUCGAUACAGUGAUUGCUCAAGACCAACUUUAUUUACAUCAUGGCCAACAUCAAGUACAACAGUGAAUCGAGCAUCAGCAGCAUCAGAUGCAGCUAGUGGAACAUAUGAUCUUGUAUUUAAUUCACAAACAUAUUCAUCAAUACCAGUUGAUAUUUCUGCAACAGAUUUAGCUAAUCGAUUGCAAUCAUCAUCUGAUUUUGGUUAUUUAAAUGUAACACGUACUGGUGAUUGUUCGGGAUAUUCAUACACAAUUGAAUGGAUUACUAAUGGUGGACAAAAAUCACCUAUUUCAAUUACAAAUACGGCCUCUAUUUUACCAGCUGGUACAACAGUAACACCAUCAAUUGUACAAUCAGGUGGAGUUCUAUUUAAACCAUUAUCCGGAGAUAUGACACGUACAUAUCAAACGAAUCCACAAGUCGAAGUUUUUGUUGGUGGUUAUCCAUCAGAAUGUAUAGGAACUGGUACAUGUGAUUUUCAAUGGUUAUCAAGUCAAACUCCAACUGUAUCAGCAGUUUCACAAAAUAGUAUGACAUUAACAAUUACAGGUACUGGUUUUAGUACAACAACAAAUGCAAACAAAGUUAUCAUCGGAACUUCGGGUUCGUGUACUGUUACAUCAGCUACAACAACACAAAUUAUAUGUACUAUAUCUGCUGCUCCAUCUGGUACUUAUAAUGUUCAAGUUAAUGUUGAUGGUAAAGGUUUAGCAUCAGCUAUAUCAAGUUUUUCAGUUACGAUUCCACUUCAAGUUACAUCAAUUUCACCAUUGCAAGGAGGAGCUGGUGGUGGAUAUACUUUAAAUAUCACUGGAACCGGAUUUUCAUCAUCUUCAUCUUCAUCCGUUACCAUUGAUGGUAAUUUAUGUACAAGUCCAGUAGUAUCUGAUUUUUCAUUAAUAUCAUGUACUGUACCACUAACAACAGCUUUAUCAAACACUCAAGUAGAUGUUAUUGUUACAUCUGGUUCAAAUACAACUACAUCACCAACACAAUUUACUUAUGAUGUUACAAAUACACCUUCAUUAACAUCGGCUAGUCCAAAUGUUGUAACUAUGUCAGGUGGUCAAUUAACAUUAACUGGUACAAGUUUUGGUAGUGGUGCAAUUUCUGUCUUUAUUGGUACAACAACAGCAAUAGUUCGUUCAAUAACAUCAACACAAAUUAUUGCUGCUUUACCAUCAUUAGCACCUGGUCUUUAUCAAAUUAAAGUUUCCACAGCCAAUGGUUAUGCACGUCCAGCAUUACAAAUUGAAUAUCGUUUCUAUGUUCAAACAAUAUCACCACAAAUUGGUUCAUUGUAUGGUGGAAGUGAUGUUUAUGUACAAGGUGAAGGUUUUGAUAAUACAACAAUAGUUUCAUUCACCGAUGGUUCAAAUGACGUAUCAUGUGAUGUUGUAUCUUACCAAUCAAAUCAAAUUUAUUGUCAAACAAAAAAUGCUGCACCACAUGUCAUUAUAUCAUCAAAUGGUGUUCAUCCAACAUAUGGUAGUGGCUUUGCAUGGUCACCACAAUUUGCAACUGUACAACAAGGUGCUAUUGUUGAAUGGCAAUGGAGUUCAUCAGCACUUUUAACAACAUUAGCUUAUAAAGUACAACAAGCAAUAAAUGGUUAUUCAACAACACCACAAACAGGUGGUUUUGAUUCUGGUAACGCAACUGCAUCAGGAUCAUUUUCAUAUCAAUUUCAAACCGUUGGAACAUAUUAUUAUUGGACACCAGCGGUUGAUCAAUCUGGUUUAAUUGUUAUGCGUGGUGCUAUUAAUGUUGUUGCGGCUCAACCACGAACACUUACUGUUAAAGUAUCAUCAGGAUCAUUUACUGCUCAAUCAUGUGCUUUUCCAUUUACAUUUAAUUCAGUUACGUAUUCAGUAUGUACAUCAACUAAUGAUACUCAAUCAUGGUGUUCACCAACAUCAACUUAUAAUGGUCAACGACUUUAUUGUACACCAACAGCUUCUGUACCAUCAUCAACAUGUGGUUCAAGUUCAUUAAUUAGUCCAAGCUCAUGUUCACAAACAGUUCCAUCAAAUGUUUUACAAUUUUUGUUUACACCAUGUACAAUUGGUACAGUAAGAUCAAUAUCACCAGUAUAUGGUCCAGCAGGAACAUCAAUUACAAUAACAGGAACAGAUUUUAGUACAACAACAUGUGAAAAUAUUGUUCUUAUUGGAUCAUCAUACAAAUGUCCAAUAACAAGUGCAACAUCAACACAAAUUACUUGUCAAAUUGGUACAAGUUCUUCACUCAAUGCAAAGUCAAUUCAAAGUUUUAAUGUAAUUCGAGAUCGUCAAGGUACUUUGAGUAAUGAUGGUCUUAUACAAUUUCAAUUUCAAGCGAAAAUUACUAAUGUAUCACCAUUACAAGGUUCAACUGCUGGUGGUACACAAAUAACAAUAACUGGUGAUGGUUUUAUACCAAGUGAUACACGCGUUAUUGUUGGUAGUAUAGAAUAUACAUCAUUCGCAACAAUAACUUAUUCACAAAUACAAUUUAUAACCCAGCAACCACCAUCAGAUUAUAUCGAUCAUUUAAUCCCAAUAACAAUAUUAGUUGGUGAGAAUUCAGCUAUAUGUUCAUCAGUAUCAUGUAACUUUACAUGGGCACAAAGUGUAACACCGUAUCUUGUCUCAGUUAAUCCAACAUCAAUAAAUGGUCCACAAACAUUAACAUUAAUGGGUCAAAAUUUAGCAACUAGUAAUUCCAUAACAACAGCAGAUAUUCACGUAACUAUUGGUGGAGAACAAUGUAAUGUAACAUCCGUAUCAAAUUCAUCAAUUAUAUGUGAUAUUGGUAAUAUUCAAGUUGGAGAUUAUUCAGUUGUUGCAUCUAUUGAUGAUGUUGGAACUAUUGUAUCAUCACUAAUUCUAAUAUCUGUUGCAACUAUUUCAAGUAUUUCACCAACAUCAGGUAGUAUAUAUGGUGGUGUUCUUCUUACAAUCAAUGGCAAUGGUUUUGCUUAUUCAUCAAAUAAUAUUCAAAUAACUGUUGGUUCAACUAAUUGUCCAAUAGUUCAAACAACACCUGGACAAGUUCAAUGUUUAGUUCCAGCUCAAGGAUCAAAUACAUCACCAGCAACUGUUCGUGUUGUUUCCAAUGGUGUCACAUUUCCAGGUUCAUUUACAUUUACAUAUAAUUCAGGUUCAACACCAACAAUAACAUCCAUUAGUCCAACAUCAGGAACAUCUGGUCAAACAUUAACAAUAUCCGGUUCAAAUUUUGUUAAUGGACAAACAAGUGUUACAAUUGGUGGUGCAAUAUGUGCAAUUAGUAGUGUUUCAUCAUCAUCAAUAACAUGUACAAUUAGUUCAAGUCCAGCUGGAAGUCAAUCAGUGAUUGUUUCAAUUUCAUCAAUUGGUCAAUCCAAUUCAAAUAUUCAAUUUCAAUAUACAUUACAAGUGACAAGUAUAUCAACAUCACAAGGUAGUUAUGGUGGUGGUCAAGUAGUAACUAUUUAUGGUGAUGGAUUUAAUACAUCAAGUGUAAGUGUUACAAUAUGUAAUCAAGCUUGUCAAUCCGUAUCUGUGAUAUCCAAUACUCAAUUAACUUGUGUAACACCAUCAGCAAGUGCUUCUUCAACAGAUCGAGCAUGUAGUUUAACAGUUACAGUUGGAAGUUUAUCACAAAGUGUAUCUUAUAUUUAUCAAGCUAAUUUAACAGCAACUAUAACAUCAAUAAGUCCAACACGAGGUGGAACUGGUGGUGGUACAACAUUAACAAUUACUGGUACAAAUUUUCCAACAUCAAUCGGUGGAGUAACAGUUAGUAUUACUGAUGUUCAAUGCUCAGUACAAACAGUUUCAUCAACAUCAAUAAUUUGUUUAACUGGUAGUUAUAAUCAAACAACAAUUCAAGCAUCAGUUAUUGUUAGCCUUGGCAAUGGUGGUAAUGCCGUUGGAUCAGCACAAUUUCAAUAUAUUGAUCUUUGGUCAAGUCCAUGGACAUGGGGAGGUAAUUCACCACCUGAAGAAGGUACUAUUGUUUCAAUUGAUAGUGGAAAAACAGUUUAUUUUGAUACAACAACACCUAUACUUAAAGCUCUUAUUAUUGAUAAUGCAUCAUUAAUAUUUGAUGAUAAUCAAGAUGUUGCAUUAAAUGCUGAAUAUAUAUUAGUUGUUAAUGGUGGUCGUUUACAAGUUGGUACAGAAACUAAUCCAUUUCAACAUAAAGGAAUCAUUACAAUGUAUGGUCAUUUAAGAUCAAUUGAAUUACCAAUAUUCGGAGCAAAAGUUUUAGCUGUACGAGAUGGUAUUCUUGAUAUGCAUGGGCGUGAAGUUAUUCGAACAUGGGGACGUUUAGCAUCUACAGCUACGGCUGGAUCAACACAAAUAACUCUUCUUCAAAAUGUUGAUUGGUCAGUAGGAAGUGAAAUCAUUAUUGCAACAACAGGAGAUUAUUUAAGUCAAGGACAAAGUGAAAAACGUAUAAUAACAGCUGUAUCAUCCGAUGGACACACAUUAACAUUAAAUUCAGCAUUAAAUUAUGAUCAUAUGGGUAUAACACAAACAGUUGGUUCAACAUCAGUUGAAAUUCGUGCUGAAGUUGGUCUUUUAUCACAUAAUGUUGUUUUUCAGGGUUCAGUUACUGAAACAUGGAAUGUAACAAUUGACGCAUGUGAAAGUGGCUUUAAUCCAGGUGAAUUUGCUGUUCAAACAUGUUUUCUUGGUCGAUAUGGUCAAGAAAUUGGUUCUGAUCAAUUUGGUGCUACUAUUAUGGGUAGUGCUAGUAUGGAUAGUUCGGAUGGUAUUCAACGAGUUAUAAUUCGCUUAUCAAACAUUGAAGUAUUUUAUGCUGGUCAAGCAUUUCGUCUCGGUCGAUAUCCAGUUCAUUUUCAUAUGAAUGGAAAUAUGAAUUUAUCAUAUAUUAAAUCAUCUUCAAUUCAUCAAACAUUUAAUCGAGCUGUUAAUAUUCAUGCAACUCAUUAUCUUACAGUUGAAAAUAUUGUCAUCUAUAAUGUUAUGGGUGGAGCUAUAUUUUUAGAAGAUGGUGUUGAAAUUGGUAAUGUUUUACGUGGUAAUUUAGCUGUAUUUGUACGUACAAGUUCAAGUUUACUUAAUGAAGAUGUUACACCAGCUGCUUUUUGGGUUACAAAUCCAAAUAAUACAGUUGAACACAAUGCUGUUGCUGGUGGUACACAUUUUGGUUAUUGGUAUCGAAUGCUUGAAACACCAGAUGGACCAUCAUUUGCAAUGUAUCCAAGUUUUUGUCCACAUCGACAACCAUUUGGUCGAUUUUUUAAUAAUAGUGUACAUAGUGUUGGUCGUUUUGGUGUUUGGAUAUUUCCUGAAUAUGCACCAACUAUUGAUGGUAGUUGUUCAGCUGAUUCACCCUAUCAAGCUGUAUUUGAUAGGUUAACAUCAUGGAGAAAUAAUCGUGGUAUAGAAUGGGUUAUGUCAAGUACAAUACAAAUAAGAAAUACUGUUGUUUUUGAUAAUCAUGAUACUGGAAUUCGAUGUGUAACAGCUAUAAAUCAUCAAUCAUUAAAUCGUCCAAAUCUUCGGAAUACAUUUUAUUUUGAAAAUAAUGGUUCAUCAGUUAUUAAUUCAAUAAUUAUUGGUGAUACAGGCACAUCUGGAAGUGCUAUUGUACCAGGUGAAGGUGGUCUUGUUGUUAUGUGGGAUCGUGGUCUCCGUGUAAGAAAUAUUACAUUUAUUAAUUUUCCAAGUGCAUCUACACAAGCUCUUUAUGGACCUGUUAUUGCUGGACGUUGUACACUUCGUUGUGGAGGUUGGCUAACUAAAUUUUCUCAAUUAUCAUUUAUCAAUGUACAAAAUCGAGGUAAUUUUCGAUGGCCAUAUGAUGGACUAUAUCAAGAUGAAGAUGGUACAUUAUCGGGUGUUGUUGGUGGUAUUGUUCUUUCACCUGAUGGUCUUUGGAGUACAUCAACAACAUGUACACAAACACCAAAUUUUCUUAAUGCUAAAACAUGUCCAUCAUCAGUGGGUCGAUGGGUACGAUAUGCAUUUAAUAAUGCUAAUCUAGCACCAAAUGGUGAAGCUUUAUUUAUUUAUGAUACAUCAAAUCAUUAUACAAUCGUUUUAAAUCUUAAAAAACGAUUAACACAUCCUGAUGGUUAUAUGAUGGAUUUAUUAACUAGACAAAGUUAUUUAUUUCAAUUUAACGGUGCUAAUAGUUCAGUUAAUUUAUCGUAUACUGGUGUUGUUUAUGAUCUAGUACCAGGUGAUUAUCUUAUUAUUCGUCAUAAUAUUGAUUAUAUACCUGAUCGUGUAUAUACAACAUCAUCUUCAAUAUUAGCAGCUUCAUCAAAUACACCACUUACAGCUACAAAUAACAAUGGUGAUUGGUAUUUUGAUAAUGCAACAAAAGAAUUUUCCUAUAUUGUUAAAAAUCCAUCGACAAAUACUGGUAUGAUAGAUGUAUCAGUGAAAUUAAAUCUCUACAAAUGUCGAUAUCCAAAUUGUGAAUUUCCAGCACAACCAGGUCUUGAAUUACCAGCGACAGUUCGACCAGUUGAUGCUUUAUAUUGGUCGAAUGAUUCACAUUGGAGUUUUGCACUAGAAGGUUAUGGUGGAUAUGGAAGUGUUAAACCGAGUGAUAAUACAAACAUAUAUAUUCCACGUGGUGUUUGGCUUGUUAUUGAUUAUCCAUUACCUCGUAUUCGUUCAUUACGUAUUGAUGGUGUACUUGAAUUUGAACAAGACAUGAAUAAUACUCUUUAUGUUGAUAGUAUUUUAAUUAAUGGUGGUCAAUUAAUUGUCGGUUGGCCUAAUAAUCCACUUCGAUCUAAAGUUGAUAUUAUAAUAACGGGUUCAUCAUCAGUUAAUGUUUUAUUACCUAAUAAUGCUGGAUCAAUUGGACAGAAAGUAAUUGGUGUUCUUGGUGGUCUUGAUUUACAUGGUAUGCAUCGUAAUGUUUCUUGGACUCGUCUUGCAACAACAGCAUCAGCCGGUCAAAAUUCUAUUACAUUAAGUGAACCAGUAGAUUGGCUUGUUGGUGAUGAAAUUAUUUUAACAACAACAGAUACAAGAAUUGAUCAUGUUGAACGACAUAAUAUAACUGGUAUUAGUGGUGGUGGUACAAUUAUAACAUUAACUGGAGCUCUUGCUUAUACACAUAUUGUUUUACAUAAUGUAUUUCCUAAUGGUGAAAUUUAUCAUGUAGCUGGUGCUGUUGGUCUUUUAACAAGAAAUGUACGUGUUAUUAAUGGUAAUCCAUCAUUAGAUAAAAUUGGUUUUCGUAUUCUUGUUACUGAUUAUGCAACAGAUGUUUGGAAUCCAGUUGGUUCAGAAUAUUUAACUACUUAUUAUAAAGGUUAUGCACGAAUAUCUGAUACACAAUUUAUUGGUUUUGGUCAAUAUAUUGAUGCUCCGAAAGAAGAUCGACGUGAAGGUUUUCAUUUAUUUAAUCUUGGUAGUUGGAAUGCAUCUCGACCAACUUAUAUUAAUUCAUGUUCAUUUGAUACUGGUUAUUAUCCAGCAAUUGGAAUAUGGAGUACAGAUGGUGUUCCAAUUACAAAUAAUGUAGUUUAUAAUACAUUUGAAUCAGCUAUUGUUGUUACAGGAUUAAAUAAUAUAAUACAAAAAAAUCUUGUUUCAACUGUAUAUUGGUCGGGUCAAGCUCAGCCAGAUUUUGCUGCAUUUAAUACAAAUAAUGAUGGAGCUAUUAUGUCAACUGCAGCUGAUAGUGUAGUUAUGAGAGAUAAUUUGGUAUCUGGUGCUCAACGCUUAGCUUAUCGUAUUCAAGGAAAUUCAUGUCCAGGAACUGUUCUACCAUCUGGUAUAAACAAUGAUUAUGAUAAUAAUGAAGCACAUUCAGCCAUGUCUGGUAUUAAUUUAUGGUUUUUUGAUUCAGGUUUUCAAUAUGAUACUAGAUGUGUAUUAUUUAAAGGUUUCAAAACUUAUAAAACAUGGUAUUAUGGUUUAUAUAUCAAUACACCACACAAUAUUAUUAUUGAUUCAUGUAAAAUAGCCGAUAGUAUCGUUGGCAUUUUUACACUAGCCUCAGGUCACGCUGCUGUAUCACAUGAAUUCAGUAAUAAUUCAAUUAUAAUUCGUAAUUCAAUGGUUCUUGGUGCCAUAACACCAAAUGAUUGUGAUGACAUUCCAGAUACAACAACACUUAGUGAAAAAUUUGGUUCAACAGCUGUACCUAGAGUAUCAGGAACACAAUCGUCAGGAAGUUCAUCUGGUCGAACUGGUAUAUCCUUUCCAUAUUUUACUGGUUUUAAUAUGAUCCCAAUGCAUCCAUGGUCAAGUAUUGGAAACUAUCCAAAUAUUGAUGGUUUAAUGAGAAUAACAAAUGUUACAUUUGCAUUUUUUAAUGAUAUAUGUUUACGUCGUGAUAUAGCUAUACAAGUAUCACAAAAUAAUGACGAUGGUCAACAUCCAGUAGUAACGGACCAUACAUCCGUUUAUAAUACAUCAUCUGGAAAUUUAGUUUUUAAUGGACGACCAAACUUAGGUGCUGUUAAUCCAAGUGAUUGUGUUGAUAUGGAUUGUGACGGUUUAAAAAAGAGUUUACUUAUUGAUAUUGAUGGUACUUUCUUUGGUCAACCAUCAACUGCUUUUUCUCAAGCUGAAUAUAAUUGGGGUGAUCAAGCUCAUGGUGUUGGUGAUUAUCGUAUUCCAACAGUUGCAUUAGCUAGUGCUAAUGGUACUCUGAUUAAUAUAAAUAUUUCUUAUCCAUAUCGUGGUAUUAGUCGUGGACCAACAUGCACAUAUCAACCAUCAUAUCAAAUGUAUUUAUGUCGAAAUACAACUGAUUAUCGUAUGUUAGUUAUUGAAAGUGUGGAUCCUGAUACAGAAACACGACGUCUUUCACCUGUUGCUAUUAUGUCUGAUAAUGGUUAUAUUGAUUUAAUUAAUGGUCCACAAGACCAUGGUUGGUGUAAUGGUUAUACAUGUCAAAAACGUAUAUCAACAUUUAUGGCUAUUGUUGAAGGAGGACAUCAGUAUGAUAUAUAUUUAACAAGUACUACACCAAAUCAUAUACGUUUUCGAUUACUUAAUGCUGAUUCAUCUAUAAAGACAAUAUUAGCAUUAUAUUAUAAUUCAUUACAACAAGUUGAUGUUUAUGCUAAUGAUGUAUAUAUAUCACCAACAAAUAAAGCACAAAAUUUCACAAAUUUAAUAUUACUUGAUCAAUCAAAUGGUGUAACACUGUCAUCAACAACACCUGGUACAAAUUUCUUUAAUAGAACAACACAAAUGGCAUUCUUUUUAAUUGAUGGUGAUACUUUAAUUGAUUUAAAGAUAGCAGAUUUAAUCGUCUUAACAUUUGGUUUACCGGCGACAACACCACAACCUUUCUUUUCAACUAAUAUAGUUGCUAAUUUAGCUGCUUUACUCGGUGUUACUGUUGAUAAAAUUCGACGUGUUGAUGUUGUCUCAGCAAAUGGCCGAACUCGUAUUCAACGUCGAAGUGCAUCAUCAUCUAGAAGUUUAUUAGCAACAUACUACCUAGAGGUACAAAUACGUGAAGAACCACCCUCAACUUUAUCUGGUAAUAAUCUAGCAUUAUCUGUAGCAACAUACAAUCUUAAUGCUGAAAUUAUUAAUCGUUAUCAAUCGGGUAAUUUAACAGAACAGUGGCAAAAUGAUCCAGUUUUAAAUGCAACCAGUAUAAUUGAAUUCGGUGUUCAAGAACCGCAAAAUCAAACAACAGCAUAUUUAAGUAUGAUAAAUCAGUUAGUUAUAGAAAGGCAACCAGGAAUAUGUCGUGAACGUUCACCAUGUGAAACUCAACCAGUGCUUAUUGCUCGUGAUAGUGCCGGUCAUAUUAUAACAAAAUUAGGUUCAAAUGAUCAACCAUGGCAAAUUACUGCUACUAUCAUUGGAUCACCAGGUGUAGGUGUUGUUGGUGGUAUAGCUAAUUAUUCAUCUGGACAAUCACAAUUUACAACUUUUGGUAUAAAUGCAACUGGUACUUAUCAAGUUCAAUUUAGUAUAAUUACACCAAGGGGUAUUGAUAGUUCAUUUGUUACAAAUAUUAAUUUAACAUCUGAUUCAUCUUCAAUCACAGUUGCACUUCCAAGAAUAACUGCUAAACAAGAUGUUGAUAUUGAUGUUAUAUCAAAAAAUGAAAUCUUUAAUCUUACAACCGCUAUUGUUGAUCAAAAAUCACAAGUAAAACUCGACAAUAUCGCAUGGAAUACUUUUACAUGGUCAGCAGCAGUCUCACUUUACGGUUCACUUCAACAUCAAAGCAAUGGCAUAUUAAUACAAAAUUUAUCAUCAACAGUUAUUAUUAAUCCACAAAGUGGUACAAUAACAGCUACUAAUUUAGCAAUUAGUGAAGUUGGAGCAUACAUUAUUAAACUUGAUAUAACAACAUCUAAUAAUCAAUAUUCAAUUCCAUUUACUUCAAAUUGUAUUAUAGUUAAAGAAAAUUCAACUACUCUUAAUGCUAUUACUAGUAGUCCAUCAUCCAAUAUUACCUAUCAAGGUGAUUAUGAUAAAUUUGUUACUGCUGGAACAUUGGAAACGUUACAUUGUACAAUCUAUAAUUAUCUAACUGUUGUUAAGAAAUUACCUCUUAACACGAAUAUUAUCCUUGCAAAAGGCAGUGUUAACGUUUUUUAUGAGAUGGAUAAUAGUGCAAGUGCUAAUCGUAGUCAAAUAUCAUCAGGUUGUUCAGAACUGGCUAGUGAUCCCAAUGGUAUUAGUGAUUUAGUACUUUCAAAUUUAACUUGUGCAGGUACACAAUAUACAGUUAAAUCAUCGUCAAUUUCAAGCAGCAGCAGCAGCAUUACUGCAAGUAAUGCCGGUUUAAUUGCUGGUGUUGUUGUAGGUGUAUGUGCUGCUCUGGCAUUACUUGCAGCUGCCACUUACAGUGCUUAUAAAUAUAAAAAGUUGCCUAGUAGUAAAGUUGCCGGUCAAUUCAAUGAAUUAUAUGAACCAUUAGAACAACCACAAUUAGGUAAUGCGGCUACCACAAAUCCAUCGAGUAUAGCAAAUAGUAGUUCUCAACAAACACGACCUUUAUCUGGACAAUCACACUUUAAUGAUCAACGCGUUCAUACACCAGUACAAGAUGGUGGAAUUGUAACUCCAAAGUGCGAGUUAAUUGACUUUGCUUGA